CUCGUGGGUGAGCCCUGUUGGAGGAGGUGAGGGGGGGAUAUAGAGAUGAGAAUAGAGUUCUGCUAGCUGGAGUAGUGGAGUAUCCAUGUGCGAGGUCAAGUCCAUGUCUUCCUGUUGGGUCCCCACUUUAUUUGGAGGGGUAGGGUGUGGGGGCUCCCCCUGCCCAAACCUCCUGCCUGUGUUUUGUGACAUUUCCCGUUAGGAGUUUUCAAAAUUACCCUUUUAAAAAAAUUUUAUUACGUUAGUCGCCAUGCAGUACGUUAGUUUUUGAUGUAGUGUUCCAUGAUUCAUUGUAUUUGUGUAACACCCUCACUCCUUCUGAUCAAGAUUUGCUUUGAUGAGCAAAAUAAAUCAGAGAAAGAUAAAUACUGUAUGAUUUUACUCAUCUGUGGAGUUUAUAAAGAAAAAAAAAACAAAUGAGCCAAGAGAAGAAAAAAGAGUCAAACCAAGAAACACUCUUAAGUAGAGAGAACAACCUGUUGUUACCGAGGGGAGGUGUUUGGGGGAAUGGGUUGAAUAGGUGAUAGGGAUUAGGAUGAGCACCAGGUGUUGCCUGGAAGUGUUGAAGCGCUAGAUUGUACACCUGAAAUGAGUAUCAUAGUGUAUGUGGACUAAUUGUAAAUAAGAACUUUAAAAAAGUUUCCUUGGGAGAAUUUCUUUUUCUCUUUAGGAUUUUAUUUAUUUGUAUGUAUGUAUGAGAGAGAGACAGAGAGGCAGAGAGGCAGAGGGAGAAACAGGCCCCCGCUGAGCAAGGAUCCCAAUGUGGGACUCAAUCCCAGGACCCUGGGACCAUGACCUGAGCCAAAGGCAGACGCUUAAUCGACUGAGCCGCCCAGGUGUCCCUGGAAGGCUUCCUGAUCAACAGUCAAGUUCUUUGUAGUUAGUGGUUUUGUGUUUCAGUGCCAGCAAAGCUUUUUCAGAUUGGCAUGUCUCAUGUUGGAGGGAAUGUGCAUGGCAGUUGUAGACUACUCAAGUGACACCUGAGGAACAGGGAGGGUUAGAUGGGAGAAACUCACGAACUUCCCAUGUGAAGUCUGUAUCUGCUCAAGACUGAGACCAGUGAGCCAGCAUCACUUCAUUGGAGACAGUGUUUCUACAAAGGACUGAGAGACAGCAAGUACAGAAUCAAAAACAAGAUGACAAUUCCAAACCAUAUGCUGGUUUUAAUCCAGGACCCUAGGUCUGAAAGGAGCCAACUGAAAAUAUUUAUUGGCACUUGUUUGGACUGAAGGCAAACCCGGAGUCCUGUAUGCCUCCUGGAAGUGUCCUCCCCCAGUGGCUAGAAACAAAACAGACAAAUACUGCAGGAAUGCACUGAAUGAAAUCACUGAGCACAUUAGGGAACAUAGAGUACACUGAAGAACAUGAAGCAAUAGUUAGAGAACUUGUUGCAAGAAUAGGAAUACUUCUGGGACAUUUCAAAACAGUAUUGUUCUUUCAAAAGAACUGUUUAGAACUAUAUGGGUUAUCAGUAGUGGUCUGUUAUGUUGUAAAUUCAGAAACCAUGCAUUUGGAUUAGAAUCAGGAUUCAGUUAGUAGUUGAGGUAAAAGAAAGACUUUUGAAUUCUGAACCUUCUAAACCUCUAGAAAUGCUCACAAGAUCAAAAGGAGGCGAUUUUAGGGAAGAUCAUAAUCCAAAGAGGUUUCCUCCUUUUGCAAGAGACUGGGAUAUGCAGAAAAUGGCAUGUUCUUUGCACAAAAGAGGUAGAAGGAGCAACAGUGAGAAAAGGAAUGCAGGCCUGGUCUGGACAUGUGGGGCAAGCUGUCUCCCCAGAUGUUUUCUAUUGCAAUUUGGGAAGUAUUUACCUUCUUGUCACCAGCUGGUGUACAGGUCCAGUCAGGGUUUGGUGCCUUCUUUAAAUGUGUCCCGUGGACCCAAGAGUCCAUUCCCUGGGAUUUGGCAGCACAAGGUUUGGUUAGCAGUAUGUGAUAAGGGCCUCUCAAGGGAGGUUGAAGAGAAUCUCUGUGGAGGUGUCUUUUCCAAUGGAGAGACUCUCCAGGUUGCAAGGUGUGAUGAUCAAGGGAGUAAGUUGUGUCACUCUCCGUGGAAUGAAGAUCAAGCCGGGUUCCAUCGGGAAAGGCAUCCCCUCCUUCGACGUCCAGGGCUCCUCCCCCCAUUUAUUCUCACCAGUGUCACACAAAUAGUCAGGUACUGUGUGGGUGGGGCCGGCGUGUUGGGGUGGCCCUGCAGGUUGGGAUCCACAGGCCUGUUGCUCCAGAUCAUUGACGACAAGGGCAACAGCCUGCCGUUCAACACUGAAGGCAACAUUGGCAUCAGGAUGAAGCCCACCAAGCCCAUUGGCCUCUUCAUGGGCUAUGAAGACAACCCAGUAAAGACAGCCAAAGUGGAGUGUGGGGACUUUUACAACUCUGGAGAUAGAGCAACUAUGGAUGAAGAGGGCUACAUCUGGUUCCUGGGGAGGAACGAUGACAUCAUCAAUGCCUCUGGCCACUCAGAAGCCAAGAAGGAGCCCGCAGGUACCGCGUCGGGCCCGCAGAGGUGGAGAAUGCCCUGGCCGAACACCCGGCUGUGGCUGAAUCAGCUCUGGUGAGCAGCCUGGACCCAAUUCGAAGGGAGGUGGUGAAGGCAUUUAUUGUCCUGACUCCGGAAUUCCUCUCCCAUGACCGGGACCAGCUCACCAAGGAGCUACAGCAGCAUGUGAAGUCAGUGCCAGCCCCGUGUAAGUACCCCAGGAAGGUGAGUGAGGGCAGAGGGAUGGGGCCUGGUCCCGUCCAGUGGGCCCUGGGCUCUGCUGCCCCAAAUCUCCUGGGGUGGCUGGGGUGGAGCUUACGUAGCCCAUGGAAUGAGCAUUUUUCUCUACUGAAGAAGCAUUCAACUUAGGGGUUUAGGGGAGAUCCAUCUUAAUCAUGGAAACCUCUAUCCUGUGUCAGAAAACAAAAAGGCUGACAAAAAACCUACAGAAAAAAAUCAGCCAAGAGCCUAGAAAUAUCCAAGAAGGAUAUUUGAAAUCUUUCACAAUUUGAAAAAGACAUUCGGGGCACCUGGGUGGCUCAGUCGUUAAGCGUCUGCCUUCGGCUCGGGUCACGAUCUCAGGGUCCUGGGAUCGAGCCUCUCAUCGGGCUCCCUGCUCGGCGGGAAGCCUGCUUCUCCCUCUCCCACUCCCCCUGCUUGUGUUCCCUCUCUCGUUGUGUCUCUCUCUGUCAAAUAAAUAAAAAGAAAAUCUUUAAAAAAAGAAAAAAAAAA